AUGUCCAGAAAGCUGGCAACAUCCUUCGGUACCUGGUCCAACGGCUUUGGCUCAGUGACUCCAGGCCUGCCCUUUACCAAUGCUAGCAUCUCCAUCACAACCACCGCACAAUCCAGUACCAACACAAACAGCAACGCCAACACCAGCAUCAACACCAGCGCCGGCGACGGCAGCGGCACUGGCACCGACAGCAGCGAUACUGCAGCUGAUUGCGGUACAGUAAACAGUUCAUCGAGUUGCCAGCAAGCAGUAGGCUCUGGGGGCUCUUCCUUUGCCGCCAAGAGUCCUCAUUCAGAUCUCCCUCUCAACGCCACUUUGGGCGCCAAAACGGAAAAGCCAGACUCCAUCGGCUCUUCUGGUCAUAUGGACGUCCGGCGUACCGGUAUCGCCAACUCUCCCCCCUCCCUCACGGCCGGACAGAGGCAUCUGGCCUCGGGUUCACACGAGCCGCCGGAGACGUCAACAACUCGUCCCAUCCGGCCUCCCCGAUGCUCUGGUUCCUCACGAGUGUCGACUUCGAGCCCGAUCGCCUCGACCGGGGCCGGGCCUAUGUCGGUUCAGGCGGGUGCCGCAACGACGGCAGCCGCGAUGCAACUGAAAUGCUCCAGCCCGGGCUGCUCCUGCCAAGCCUUCCAACCACAGUCGGGCUUGCCACGACACUGUGAAAUUUGCAAGCAUUCGUGGAUAUUUCAUGGUAAGUCUGGAUGUCGUUAG